AUGGCUUUUUCCCAGACUUUGAUGAGUGCCCUCUAUGCUAGGCAGAGCUCAGUAUCAACGCUGCUUCUCGUCAAUUCUCUCUUGGUUUUAUUUAUCUAUUUCAUUUCUUCCCGUCUUAAUUUGUUCUUCAAACGACGUCAGUUCAGCAGUCAAAAUGGCUGUAAACCACUUCUCGCAAGAUACAAGGAUCGCUUCUUCGGGCUUUCCUUCAUCUUUGAGAAUGCCAAUGCAUUCAAAGAAAAGGCCUACCUCAACAAGUUCACCAGUCGCUACUUCUCAAUUGGCUAUACCCAUGAGGUAGUUGCGAUGGGUGGUCGAGGUGUUUUCACCAUCGAUCCCGUCAACAUAAAGACUAUGCUAUCGUUGAAAUUCAAGGAUUAUUCACUUGGUAAUCGCCCUGCUAUUAUGGGGCCGUUAUUGGGACGGGGAGUUUUCGUCACCGACGGUGAAGAAUGGGCACAUUCGCGAGCACUCUUGCGUCCAAGUUUCAACAAAUCUCAGGUCGCGGACUUGACCAUCAUGGAGUCACAUCUGCAGGUUCUGCUUCGACUGAUCCCGUCCUCGGAGGACGGGGCCAAGCAUGCCACAACCUUUGACCUACAACCUUCAUUUUUCCGGUUUACCAUGGAUUCCUCCACAGAAUUUCUCUUUGGAACAUCGACUCAUACUCUUACCGAGGGCGGUGAUCAGAUUUUCAGUGACGCCUUUGUGUACGCCUUGAACGACAUCUCUCUUGGCUUGCGCCUAGGCCCGUGGGAGAAAUUCCGUCGGACGGAUCCCAAAGCGGUUGAGGCACACCGGUUUUGUCGACAGUACAUCGACAAAUAUGUUGACCAGGCAUUGGAGUAUCGCAAAGCACAUCAGGGCGAUAUGGCGGAAAAAAAGGAUGGUAAAAAAAGAACCUUUUUGCAGGAGCUCGCUACUGCCACUGAUGACAAAGACAAACUGCGAGAUGAGCUCUUGAGCUUACUCCUCGCUGGGCGUGACACAACUGCAAGCCUUAUUAGUAGCCUCUUCUUCUGCCUUGCGAAGAGACCAGAAAUUUGGAGCAAGCUUCGAGAAGAGGUCGCCACAGAACUAAAUGGUCAAAAGCCACAGUACGAGCAGCUAAGAAAUUUGAAGUACGCAAAAUACUGCGUUAAUGAAACAUUGAGAUUAUAUCCUCCCGUCCCCAACAAUGCGAAAAUGGCCAUUCGGGAUACUGUUCUACCGCGGGGUGGAGGACCGGAUGGUGAUGCUCCCAUUCUCAUCGAGAAGGGGAACUGGAUUAUUUAUACAGUAUACGCUAUGCACCGUCGAAAAGAUCUGUUUGGCGAAGAUGCCGAUGAGUUCCGUCCGGAACGCUGGGUGAAGAACGAGUUCACUUGGCAAUAUCUACCCUUUAAUGGUGGCCCACGUGUGUGCCUUGGUCAGCAAUAUGCUCUCACUGAAGCACUAUAUGUAUUGGUGCGUUUUGCGCAGGAAUUCGAGGAAAUUGAAUCCAGGGAUCCACGACCGUGGAUUGAGGACCUCACUCUGACUGUGAGCGGCGCCAAUGGCGUGAAGGUCGGUCUCAAGAGACAGGGAUGA